UUUUUUCUUUUUCUUUUUAUUUUUUUAUCUAUGUCACUAUCGCUUUUUUUUUUUUACGUCCAAAUCAGAAGUCCAAACGGCAAAAGGCAUGACUUUUUUUUUUAACAGAUUAUCCGGUCCGGUUCCCUGUUAUGAGCCGGUUCCAACGACCGGUUCUUACCGUGCCCCGGUUCCAAAAGUUGACGAAAUUAUAGUAUCGGUCCCAGCCCGACCGGUUCCAUCGGGUCCCGAUUGCGGUCGGUUCCCCGGUCCAUAUGUUCAUCCCUAAAAUAGUUCAUGUCGUCUAAAAGGGCUUUGUGGCGUUAUAACGCGGAAAAAAAACUACCGAUGUAGCACCUCUACGCGGUAAAUGGCCCAAGCUGUUAAAAGGGCCGGCGUUAUCCCGCAAAUAAAAAAUUUCCUUACUCCAUACGACCGUACUCCAUUCCAUUUUUUCUCUUUUCGCUUUCACGUUCACUUUUUUUUUACUCAGACAGCUCCAGCUUCCAUAUGGCGACGGCCAACGAUGGAAGGUCUCCUUACGAAAGCGGCGCAGCCGAAGAAAGAUUCCGUGAGAGGCCUUUCCGACCAGAGAUUUAUGAAGAACCCCAAAAUGUUUCUCAUGAGGCAGGGCCAAAUCAUCAACAACAAGUGGCCCGAUGAAAAGACAUAAACAUGGAGAGGAGAGGGAUAACUUCCAUGCUUCUAUUGUCAGUUCAAGGGUUCUUGAAGACAAGAUUGUUGGAGAUUCAACAUUUACUAAUAAUAAUGGGACACACCUUCCAAUCACAUCAAUGGCUUCAAUGCAACACUCGGCGACUAUGGAGAACCUCCCGUACGAGCUUUUAUCAAACAUAUUCAUCCGAUUAUCGGCCAAACAGCUUGCUCAAAUGAGAUCUGUCUCCACAUCAUGGAAUGCCCUUUUAUCUCAUUCCUCUUUUGUAAAAUCCCACCUCCAUCGUUCCAUCCAUCACAACGAUCAAAUUCUCUUGGUCUUCCAACAUGAAGACGAAUUUUCUUCUUGUUACUACUUUAAACCAUUCACUGCAAAACUGAGUCGAUGUCUCCUUCUUAAGGUCGCUAAUUUCAUCAAAGUCCCAGUUAACCCCCAAUCCGGACAUACAGAUGGCAUCAGGAUUAUUGGUUCUGUUAACGGCUUAGUAUGUUCUUCUUACGAUAAUGAUUCUGUCAUUCACAUUUGGAACCCUUCUCUUUCAGCCGUGUCAACACUUCCGCCAUAUUCCACGCCCUCCCCUUGUUACAGUUCGAUCAAAGUCUAUUUUGGGUUUGGGUUUGAUCCCAAAACAGAUGAUUACAAAGUUGUCAAGCUCACAUACCUUAGCGGACCACCCACAUAUGUAUUUAAAUCGUGGAUGCAAGUUGAGAUUUAUAGUAUGAGAAAGGGUUUGUGGGAGUUGAUCACUGAGAGGUUUCCCUCACACAUCACAACAAUUACUGAUUGCAAUUAUUUUUGUGUUGAUGGUCAUGACGGGCAUAUUCAUUGGCUUGGUUGUACGAAUGGGAAGGAAGAUACAAAAACGAUAGUGGGAUUUGAUUUGGGUUCAGAGACAUUCCGUGAGAUACCUCUUCCAGAUUUUAUACUUGAUGAUAACCGUCAAAAUAGUUUAGGAGUUUUGGCUGAAAAGCUCUGUGUGAUUACACAUGUUAGGGUUGAUGGAACUUGUGAUGUGUGGGUAAUGGAUAAGUAUGGGGUGGCUGAAUCAUGGGUGAAACGUUAUGUCUUUUCAAGGUUUAAUGAGCAUGCAUGUGUAUUUGGAUUCACAUCACGCAAUGAGUUUCUCUUUGAGGAGGACGAAUACCUUGUCUUGUAUGAUCCAAAUGCAAACACGCUGAAAAUGUUUGAACAUUAUUGUCCUCUAGAUUGUUGUAUACAAACAUCGUGGAGUAUGUUGACAGUCUUGUUUGGGUAGCACCUGCCAAGUAUGAGAUGGUGGAUGAUGAUAGAGGAAAAAUUUGAAACGGAGAGACUUCAAUUAUAUGAUGCAGUGUUUUUUAA